AAUCAAUCUACGUUGCAUGGAAGAUAAGAGCGGAGAAAAAUUGCGACACGUGCAUGGUCAAUAUUCUCUCAUUUAGCCUAUAAAUUUGGGAGCUUCAUCUAUCAUCAAAUUCAUUUUCUGAUAAUCUCCCAUCGAUCGAUUUUGUUAAUACUUUUCUGAGAUUUGUUUGAAUUUUCUCUUGAAAAUGUCUUGCUGCGGAGGAAACUGUGGUUGUGGAUCCGGCUGCAAAUGCGGCAGCGGAUGCGGAGGCUGCAAAAUGUACCCGGACUUGGGCUUUUCCGGCGAGAAGGCCACAACUGAGGCGUUUGUCUUUGGCGUUGCACCAGUGAUGAAGAACCAGUACGAGGCUUCCGGCGAGGGUAACGCAGAGAACGAUGCAUGCAAGUGUGGAUCUGACUGCAAGUGUGACCCUUGCACCUGUAAAUGAAUAAAAAAACCUUUUUCAAGAAGGCAGAGAUAAUCAGAGUCUCAAUUUAAGCAAUAAUAUAGCCCUGCCGAAUUGUAUUAGCUCAGCUUUUAUGUGUAAUGCUAAAAAUGGCUGCAGCCUUGUCCUUUAAGCCCAUAAUGUUCUUCGUUUGUGUUUACGUUGUUCUUAGAUGUCUCUGCCAUAUGUGACCAUAGUUGUUGAGUCAGUUUGUAUAUAUAAUAAUACUCAACUAAUAAUAUAAACCUAAAAAUGUUUUUAAUUCUC